UUUGAAAUGAUUAAAAAAAAAAAAAAAAAAAAACUCAGUUCAAAUAUAAGAAAUCCAAAUUCAAGGAUUUAUGACCUGAUUUUGAAAAAAGCCAGAUCGUCCUAUCUUUAGCUUCAUUGUACAUAAAUAGAUAUAAACUAUGGAGUUAAAAUCCUCCUUCUUGAUAUAUACAAUAUCUUCCUUGUUUAUAUCAUUUAUUUUAAAUUAGUUAUUGUUCUCUAUUAAACAAGUAAUUUGAGCCAAAGUGGCUUUGUUACUUCACGAAAAAGGAAAAGUGCUUUGAUAUGUAUAUAAACAAAAUUACCUAUUUUCAGCUAUAUAAACAAAACCAAACUUAUAUACAUACAUAUAUAUAUAUAUAUAUAAAUAAAAAUAAAAAUAAAAAAUUGACUAUAUUGUACAAAGACAUAAUAAAGGAGGCUGCUGCAGACUGAACGUGAUGGUCAUCAAUGGAUGACUGGAGGAAAUACUCGCCAUACUUUUAAUGGCAGAAAGUGCAGUGAUUUUUCUACUCAACAAGCUUUCAAAUCUUGUUGAAACUGAGUUUCAGCUGCUUAAUGGGGUUUGGCAAGAGAUUGCUUGUCUAAGAGGGGAAUUGGAGAGGAUAAGGGAUUUGUUAAAAGAUGCAGAUGAAGUAGAAGAGACUAGUGAUGAUCAAGGACUCAAAGUUUGGAUUAAGCAAGUCAGAGAAGUUACUCAUGAUGCAGAAGAUGUUGUAGAUGAAUUUAUACUCGUCCAUGCUCAUCACCAUCUUGUUGGUGGAGAAGUAUUAUCUGGUUGUUUAUACAAGCUUUCUUGCUGUGUUAAGAGCUUGAAAUCUCAAUAUCGAAUUGCAUUGCAGCUUCAACGUGUUAAUGGUAGAAUUAGAGAUAUUUAUGCUGCUCAUAAAAGGCUUUGUCUUAGCUUCAGCGUUUCUUUAAGAGGUUCUUGCUUCACCCCUUCAGGUGAAACAUGGCAUGACCGACGUGAGGAUGCUCUUUUUCUGGCUGACAAUGAUGUCGUUGGCAUAGACAAACCUAAAAGACAAUUAGUAGAGUGGCUGAUCAAUGGUGGUUCUGAACGCGAGGUGAUUGGGGUGACUGGAAUGGGAGGGAUUGGUAAAACCACCCUGGUGAAGAAAGUUUAUGAUGAUUUCAAAGUUGAGAAGAAUUUCAAGAUCCAUGCUUGGAUUACAGUUUCCCAACCUUUCAACAAAAAUGAGCUCCUUAAGGACAUGAUUCAGAAUCUAUCUUAUGUAAUAAAGAGAGCAAUUCCAGAAGGUAUGGAAAACAUGAAUUAUGAAGAAUUGAUAACAAUCAUCAAGAACAUGUUAAAAGAAAGAAGAUACUUAAUAGUUUUCGAUGAUCUAUGGAAUUUAUAUGAAUGGGAAGCUGUCAAAUAUGCUCUGCCUAACAGCAAAAAUGGCAGCAAAGUUAUGAUCACUACUCGUAAAGAUGAUGUAGCCUUGAAUUCUUGCAAAGAUUUCAAAGGAAAAGUUUAUAACUUAAUGCCCUUGUCCCAAGAUGUGUCUUGGGAACUUUUCUGCAGAAAGGCAUUUGCAGGGAAUCCAUGCCCUCCUUAUUUAUUUGAAAUUUGUAAAGAUAUUCUCAGAAAGUGUGAGGGAUUGCCUCUUGCAGUAGUGGCACUAAGUGGUGUUUUGGCUAAAAAAGACACAUGGCGUAUUGAUGAAUGGGAUAUGAUUCGUCGUUGCCUUGGAGUCGAAAUUCAGGGUAAUGACAAGCUUGAGGAUUUGAAAAAAGUACUCUCUCUAAGUUUAAAUGAUUUGCCUUACUAUCUGAAAUCAUGCUUCUUGUACUUGGGAAUCUUUCCUGAGGGUUAUCUGAUUAAGCGAAUGACAUUAAUUCGCUUAUGGAUAGCUGAAGGAUUCAUUGAAGCAAAAGAAGGAAGGACAUUGGAGGAAGUUGCACAGGACUAUCUCAAUGAUCUCUUGAACAGAAAUCUCAUGCAAGUAGCAGGAAUGACAACUGACAGAAGGGUGAAAUUCUACCGCAUCCAUGAUCUUCUGCGUGAGAUUAUCAUUUCAAAAUCAAGGGACCAAAACUUUGCAGUCAUUGUUAAAGAACAAACAACAACAUGGCCUGGAAGAGUAAGACGAUUAUCAAUACAUACUUCACUUCCCAAUGUACAAGAUAUAAGGUUAGGCUCACAUCUUCGUUCAUUAUUCAUGUUUGGGGUGGUUGAAAAGUCCUCUUUGCAUACACUUUUUCAAGGUAGUUUCAUGCUGCUUAGGGUGUUAGAUUUUCAAAGGGCACCUUUAAAGACAUUUCCUGUAGAAGUUGCAGACAUGUUUUAUUUGAAGUAUCUAAGCUUGAGAAAAACCAAGGUAAAAACUAUUCCAAGAUAUAUAAGAAAACUUCAGAACUUGGAGACUUUGGAUCUUAAAAAGACUUGUGUCACCCAGUUGCCUAUCGAGAUUCUGCAGCUUCACAAACUUCGUCAUCUCUUGGUAUACCAUUUCAAAGUUGAAUCUUAUGCAGAUUUUUAUUCCAAAUUUGGUUUCAAGGCAGCCUCUGGAAAUAUUGGAAGUUUGCAAUCCCUGCAGAAGCUCUGUUUCAUUGAGGCAUGUCAUGACUGCAACAUGAUACUAAGGGAGCUAGGAAAGUUGAAUCAGCUCAGGAGGUUAGGCAUUAUGAAACUUAGGAGGCAAGAUGGGAAAGUUUUGUGCUUAUCCAUCGAAAGGUUAAAGAAUCUUCGUUCACUUUCCAUAACAUCUACAGAAGAAAAUGAAGUCAUUGAUCUUCAACAACUUUCUUCACCUCCUCAGUUUCUCGAAAGACUAUACUUAACAGGUCGUUUGGAAGAAUUACCAAGUUGGAUUCCUUCUCUUCAUGGUCUGGUUAGGUUGUUUCUGAAGUGGAGUCUAUUAAGGGAUGAUCCACUUGUUCAUCUUCAAGAUUUGCCCAAUCUUGUUCAUCUUGAAUUGCUCCAAGUUUAUGAUGGAGAGACAUUGUGUUUUAAAGCUGGAAAGUUCAAAAAGCUUACUCUUUUGGGUCUUGACAAGUUUGACAAACUAAAAUGUGUGCAAGUUGAGGAGGGAGCUUUGCCUUGCCUUGAAAAGCUAGUGAUCCACAGAUGCAAUAUGUUAUGGAGUGUGCCAUUUGGAAUUGAACACCUUACAAAGCUCAAAGUGCUCACAUUCUUCGACAUGCCAGACAAACUGAUCAUGAAACUACAACCGGAUGGAAAUGGUGAAGAUCACUGGAAAGUUAAACAUGUCACAGAAGUUUAUUCCGCAUAUUGGAGGGAUGGAAGUUGGGAUGUUUACUCCAUUGACAGUUUCAGAGAGAGACAAAGCAAACAGCCACCAGGGAUAGUCAUGGGAAGUCAUGAUCUUCGUACUCUAUGGAAGGUCUAGUGGUCUUUCUGCUGUAAUAUGGUUGUAAAUUAGAAAAUAAAAAUGUUUAUAUUUCUCGUGAUCUGUAAAUUUGUACAUGUAGAUAGAUAAUUGUAUAGAUAUACUGACUGUAAAUGAUACACUGAAGAAUAAGGUGAAUCAUUCAUCACCAUUCUGUUGUAUCUCAAAUUGAUUGUAAAUGUUUCAAUGUAAUAUAUAUAAACCAGUGCACAAAAAUAAAGAAGUUCAUGUCAAUGGACUUUUAAUUUUUAUUCA